CCUGAAUAGUAUACAAGGGUGCAAGUGUACAAGUGUGCCAGUACACAAGUAUACGAACCUCGCGUACUUACCGAGAAAACAUCGCGGAAGACUAGAAACUUGCAACUAGUCAAAAGAGAGUCUUAGUUUGAGAAUAGUGCACGUUCAGUUCAAUUAGGCGUCACAAUCUUGACUACAAAAUGACGACCAAAAGGAAAAAGUCAGAAAUCGUGAGAAAGAAAAUGAACUCCAAGUCCGAGGAUAAACUGCUGAUCUCCAGUCUGACACUCAACGUUGCUCUUAUGGACAUCAACCAGAAGACACUGGACACAUGCAAUAACCUCUCUGCAGAAGAUUUAACAGACACAUUGCUGCUGCAGUCCAGAGUCAAAGAACAAUCCAAUCUGAUCUGCGUACUGAAGGACAGAUCAGACGAGCUGUUCGUCCAAACUCAAACCCUGCAGGAGGCCAAGACGCAGCUGGAGAAUCAACUUGAGAUCUGUCAGAAAGAAGUAGUGCAAAAGCGUGAGAGAACAGAGAUGGUGGAAAAGCGCUUCAUGGAUUUAGACGCCAACAGUCGAGCCAUCAUCGUGUUCAUGGAAGAGUACAAACAUCAGAAUGCUCAGCUGAAGCUGAUGAACAAGCAGCUGCAGGAGGAAAACAACACGCUCUUCUCGCAGAAUUUACACGAUAAAGAGGUGGCCCUUGAGCAACUUAAACAGGAAGUCAAAGCGUUGACAGAGAAGUUCGCAAACAAGAAGAGGGAAUAUCUGGAGAAAAUUGCAGAAAUGGAAUCCGCAUCCAACAUGCAAUUAACUGAGCAUCAAGAGAGAGUGGCGUCGCUACUUGAACAACUACACGUGUCUCAACAGCAGCAUGAAGUUGUGGAGCAGAUGUGCAAAGACUUAAAGCUGAAGUUUCAUAAAGAGGAGGAGCAGCACACUUUGAAGGAAACCACAAUGAACAAAAGCAUCAUCAGCCUCACCAAAGAGCGAGACAAACUGCUGCGUAUCUCUGUGGAAAGAGAGAACAUCAUACAAGAGAAGCAUGAGGAACUCAGACGUCUGGAGUUACAAUGUAAGGAGCAGAAGAGAGCCCGGACAAGAGCAGAGGAAAAGUUUAAACACGAAGCAGAAAUGGUGAAUGCAGAUAAAAGAGUGAAAUCUCUGAAGGUGGCUCUUGAAGAAGCCAGGACAAAGUAUGAGACGCUGAACAAGGUUUGUUUUUGUUAUCAUGCUAAAAAUACUGGCAAAAAAAAAAAUCUCAUUGUCAUAAAUAUUUUCCAGGAUUUUGAGGCCUUCAAAGAACACAGCAGUGGUCUCCUUCAUAAGGAAAGGGAGUUAAAUAAGAUACUAAGACACUUGAGGAGCUAAAGCUACAGAUUUUACUAAUCUUCCUCAUUGAUCAGUUUCAAUUAGAAACAACCUGCACAUACAAGACAGACCAUGAGCAUUGUUAUAUAUUACAGUAUCAUCUUUAAUCUCCUUCCAGAGCAACACAAACAUGACACAUCAGAAGUUCCUCAAAUAGAAAUUAUACUGUACAAUUCAGAGAUCCUUCCAUACGUCAGCAUUUACGAGUGCUCCUCUGCCAGUUUCUCUGCCUUUUGGACCACUUCUUCAAUGGGACCCACCAUGUAGAAAGCCUGCUCAGGUAAGGCAUCAUAUUCACCUGGACAAGAGGAGGCACAAGAAGUUUUUUACCAGGAAAAUAUGAAAGCUUCAAGUCAUUCUGGGAGUAUACUAGUGGUGGUGAAUCACUACCUCCUAGGAUGCUCUGGAAGCCUUUGAUGGUUUCUUUCAGAGGUACCAGCUUCCCCAUGUGGCCCGUGAAGACUUCAGCCACCUGGAACGGCUGGGACAGGAAACGCUGGAUCUUGCGAGCACGGGCUACGGUCAGCUUGUCUUCCUCAGACAGUUCAUCCAUACCCAGAAUAGCAAUGAUGUCCUGCAAGGAUUUGUAGUCCUGAAACAAACAUGCAAGUCAUUAGAGCGUGUUCUGACUCAUAAUAAAAAAAAGAAAGGUGACUAAUUAAAAAAAAAAAAGGUGACAUGACAAGUCUUGCCUGGAGGAUCUUCUGUACACCUCGAGCGACGUCGUAGUGCUCGGCCCCAACAAUGUUGGGGUCCAUGAUGCGGGAAGUGGAGUCAAGGGGGUCCACGGCAGGGUAGAUGCCGAGCUCAGCGAUGGCACGGGACAGCACGGUGGUGGCGUCCAGGUGAGCGAAGGUGGUGGCAGGAGCAGGGUCGGUCAAGUCGUCAGCAGGCACGUAGAUCGCCUGCAAUGCAAACAUUUUAUUAGUCAAUGGAAGCCGUGAUAUCACUGUCAUCCACUCACUCCUUACCUGUACUGAGGUGAUGGAACCCUUCUUUGUGGUUGUAAUUCGUUCCUGCAUGGUACCCAUAUCAGUGGCCAGGGUGGGCUGGUACCCCACAGCAGACGGGAUACGACCCAACAGCGCAGACACCUGGCAGACCGUCCGACAAAUUAAUCUUGGCAAAUACAUUUUGUAGGUGCAGUGGAUGCCUUUUCAUGGGCGUUACCUUCGGGGGACCACCGUACAAUGGUGACUCUUUUUUUUCCCCCAAAAAUGUCUAUUUUUGAUGUUGAUGUUCUCCUCCAGGUUUCAUUCCUAAAUAUGCCUCACAACCUUAAACACAUUUAAAGUAUAAAAUGUAAAGCUGCUCACCGCUAAUUAAUUAUAAUGUAAAAUGAUCCAUUCAGGGACUGCCAAACAAAGUGCGAAAUUUCACCACUGGCCGAAAAAACAUCAGUGAAUAAAGACAUAAACGUGUAAACAUUUCAUGUACGCUGUACAUUUUAACUGUAUUAUCACCAGUUUAUAAAGUUUUAGCGACUUAUGGUGAAUGAGAUGGCCUAUUUUCGGAGAAAAAAAAUACAGUAAUCCCUCGUUUAUGGAGGUUAAUUGGUUCCCGACCUGACAUUUCCCUGAAGUAGGAUUCCUUCUUUAUAAAUAGAAUAUUUAGGUAGUUAUGGCAUAAAAACCUGUUUACGAUCUUCUAAAUAUGCUCUUUAACAUUAUAAAGCCCUCUAGACAUGAAAUAGCAUCCUAUAGUCACCUUUACGUUCAUAUGACCCAAUAUAGUAAAUAUAAUCACACACAAUAAGGUAUUUAUUUGAGAGUUUACCUUGUAGGGGAGCAGAAUAGGUGGCAGACAAAAAGUGAUAUUGGGGUUCAGAGUUGAGUGAUAUCUUGUUGUGGGCUAUGGCAGCAACAGUAGCCCGUGUUAUUACUACUGUGUCUGUUGUGAGAUUUAAAGCUGCAAUAAAAGCCCAUUGUUCUGGCGAUCAAGACUGGUGCUUGUCUCUCUUAGAGAUUAUUAAAGUACCGUAUUUUCACGACCAUAAGGUGCACUUAAAAGUCUUAAAUUUGGGCGGGGCGCCUUAUAAUGCGAAGCGCGUUAUGUGUACGCCGAGUUCCAAAAUUUUGUACUGGCAAGUGUUCAUGUGUGACUUUCAUGAGCGCUCCUCUUGACUCACUGGCAGCCCUGCCUGCCGACACCCUGCUUAUAUAGAGCAAAGGCGGGCGUGAUUGAGGACAGCAAAGAAAAUGCGGACGUAAUAGAGGACAGGAGGGGGGGUGUGGCGUGAAAGAGGACGCUGAAGACACUCUCCCAGUAGGUACGUAUAUAGUGCCCGUAUGUGCACUGUGCAAAACAACAUUGGUUUGGCGAAGAACACACGAAAAUGGCACCUGCAAAGAGAUGCUUAUGAAGCACAAUUUAAACUGAAAGCUAUCAGUUACGCUGAGGAACAUGGAAAUAGAGCAGCCGCGAGAGAAUUUAAGGUGA